UGUAUAUAUAAGGCAUUAGACAUGAUCGAGUCAUUCAACAGGACACAAAGACAAUGUUCAAGUUCGUGGUGCUCGCAAUCUGCCUUGGCUACGCCUACAGCUGUGGCAGACCAGCUGUGCCGCCCAGCGUUGCCAGGGUAGUUAAUGGUGAAGAUGUAAGACCACACAGUUGGCCAUGGCAGGUCUCCCUGCAGUACCAGGGAUCCAGUGGAGCCUGGGGACACACCUGUGGAGGCACCUUGAUCUCUGAAAACUGGGUCCUGACCGCCGCCCACUGUAUCAGCUCCACAAGGACAUACAGGGUUUAUCUGGGCAAACACAGCCUGCAGACUGCAGAUGAAGAAGGUUCCGUUGCCAUUUCCCCAGAGAAGAUCAUUGUCCAUGAAAAGUGGAACUCUUUUCUCAUCGUCAACGACAUCGCUCUGAUCAAGCUGUCCCAACCUGCACCAGCCACCGAGAGCAUUCAACCGGCCUGCCUGCCCGCUACUGGUGCCCUCUUGGCCCAUGAUUCAAACAGCUUUGUGACUGGAUGGGGUCGUCUGUACACUGGCGGACCCAUCGCUGAUAACCUGCAGCAAGCUCUCCUCCCAGUGGUGGAUCACGCUACCUGCUCCAAGUCUGACUGGUGGGGAAGGCAGGUCAAGGAGACCAUGGUCUGCGCUGGCGGUGACGGCGUUGUCUCUGCAUGCAACGGUGAUUCCGGUGGUCCCCUGAACGUUCAGGGCGGCGACGGAUCCUUUGAAGUGCACGGCGUGGUCAGCUUCGGCUCCGGCCUCAGCUGCAACUACGAGAAGAAGCCAACCGUCUUCACCAGAGUUUCCGCCUACAUCGACUGGAUCAAACUUCAAAUCGAAAACAACUAAAAGACUCCUCCCAUGGCGUUACCGCGGCAUUCUCCAUCUGCUGUUUUAUUAUCUAUUCUAGACGAGUCUCAGAUUUUAUGAAUUAAUAAAGAUGAAUGAGCAAACAGA